UUCCAGCUACUAUUCUUCAUUGGGAUCCAAUGUUUCUUCAGAGUUAUGAGGGAUGGCCUUGUCACCUGCUCUUUUUGUGGACAGGCAUAAUGUCCACCUGCCAAAUAUGUAUUCUGUUAGCCUCACGAUAUCGAUCUGCGCAAGGAUCAUGGUCGAUCUGCCGGAUGAUCAUCCUCAUACUCAAAAGCUUGUGCUCUUUAUAUCCGCAUUUGUUUCCCGCCUUCUUAGGUGCAUCGAGUGACAUUCCAUUCCAGCUACUGCAUCCUUUGGAAAUUCGCCGUUACUUCUAUUCUAAGACUCUUGGAUUUUACCCCUGGCAACCCAGAAUCUAGCGCGGCAGUCCGACAAUACAGAAAUAUGUCUAUCCAAGACAGGGACCGUGAUGGGGACUGGCGAUUUGAAAGGCGCGAUGAUUCCGACUGCGACGAUGAUGAUAGUGAUGAUUGCACCAAGACCUUAUCCGCCAAAACUUUCUCAUCCACACCGUCGCGGACCAUGACAAGCACAACUUCAACAUCAACCUUCACGACCACUACAUCGCCAGCACCGACCCUUCAAUCAGCACCCAAAUCUAUGCCCUCAGAUGGCCGUUCUGCUCCACCUUCAGGUGGUCCGCCUCCCAAUGGGCCUAAACAAACAUCGACAGCUUCGACCACGACAGUAUCCAACACCCCUCUCCUAGCAAACGGCCUCAUUUCAUCCCCUACCCCGGCGCCAACGCAGAUGCAACCCCCUUCCGCCCCCAUCACGUCUGCCCUCGCCCCAGCGGGUUCAGGCAUCUCAUCUGUCAAUGAGAGCAACGCUGCCGCGAUCAAGGCUGCGAGUGCGAUUAUUGCCGUUGGUGCGCUUCCUCUUCCUUUGCUGUCUACGAACCCACUCCUUCUCUCUCGUCUACUAUUUGUUCUAACACAUGACUCAGAAUCAACGGUAAUCAUCGCAGCCCUCUUCCUCAUCUUCUACAAACUCUACAUCCGAAAAAGAGAAAACCGGUUACUUAACGGCGUUGCAUGGGCUAUUGGACAUACGAAUCAAGUCCGAACACCGCACAAUGAUGGCGGAGGAGGGGCCGGAGUGGCAGCGCCUGCCGCUGCGGUAGUCAGAGGUAAUGAGGGAGUUUGGGUAGGCCCUGGUGUUGUGCAAGCAGCUGCCGUUCAAGGCCAAGGCCAACCCCACGCUUUAAAUAUGCAACUUGGAGAGGAACAGCCGUCAGGAAGCAAUCCCCCGAGUUUCCACGCAACUGUUCCGAAUGUUGUUGAGAACCCCUUUCUCGAUCCAAGUGAGAAAGUGCUUCCAGAGGUAAAUGUAGAGCACGAUAUGCAUCAAGUACAUGCAGCACCGGAGAUACACAUCCAACCUCCAUCCACCACUUCUCAAGAGCAGAGUGAUGGGACAAGAGAACAGCCUCAAAACGUAGAUGUCACCGGGACCCAUCACAAACUCCCCACAGCAACUGAGGAGGUUCGCUCACCCCGCCGAGCCGAAAGAGAACUCCUGCGAAUGGAGAAAGAGCUAGAGGACCUUGAGCACGAGAGGGAGGCGCUGGGGCGGACGAGAGGAGCUGCAAGCACCUGGCGGAGUAGUUUUGGAAGCCAGGCAGCUGCACCGCCUGGAUUGCCGGGACAGAACAGAAUAUCGACGACGCAGAGCGUGGGGAGUGGGGGACGGCGGAAGAGUCCUGGGAGUUGGGUUGCUGAGCAGAAGACAAGACAGGAAGGGUGGGGGAGGUUCAGUAGUGGUGUUUAGGUUAACAUGGGGCAAAUGGGGAGAGAUGAAGAUGUUCGAUUCUUGGUGGCACCAAGUGUGCUCUUAUAUCCCAUUCUUUUCUUGAACAUCAAACACC